CUAUGAUAUUAAGGGUAUAAUCUAUGACUGCCAUACUCUGCAUUCCGAUUUAAAAUACGUGGAGGUUUUCGUUGGGCGCAAAUAAAUUUUAUGAAUUUAUUCAUAGCCAUUACCUACAUUAAGUUGUGUAUAUACGUUGAGAAAAUAUUUAGUGUACUAUGUUUUGAGAUACCUAGCCUCUAACUCUAGAGGCGUCUCCUUUCCAAUUAAAACGAUGGAUGCCAGAGCUGCUAAAUUAGAACUUGCUCGCAAAAAGUUGAGAGAACAUCAAGAACAAAAACUAGGAAAUGUUCAGAAAGAAACAUGUCUGAAAACGAAUGAUCAAAAUCAUUCGCCACCUCAAUUAGCUUCUGAAGUCAAUGAUUUUGACUCGUCUCCUCAGCAAAAGCAAAAAAAUAGUGAAAACAAUAAUAUUUUAGAGGAGAACUACGAUAAUAAGCUGCUUGAAAAUACACUCAGUGCAACAGAAAUUCUCAUUUGUAAUGAGAGAAAACUUGAAACGCAAGUCAGUGAGCUGCAAUCAAAAUUAUCAGAGCUAGAACAGAAAUAUACUGAUGCUGUAAAAUUAAUUAAUCAAUCUAAUCAAUCAUUCCAUAAUUUGCAAAAUGAAACCAAAACUUUACAAAACAAUAGUUUGUUGUUGACUAAUGAGUUGCUGAUCAAAGAUAACAAAAUACAAGAAUUAGAAAAGAGUAAUUCCAGUCUCUCAGAUGAAAUUAAUAAUUUACAAGAACAACUGGAAUUUACCAAAACAAUGCUUACUGCUAAAGAAACAGAAAAUAGUUCUCUCAAUAGUCAAUUAUUCAACCUUCAAAAUCAGCUUGAUUCAACUCAGCUACAACUGCAGCAGCUUACGAAUGGGGCUUAUGCUUCUACUUCUGAUGGGAGAAACACUAAUGUUGAAUCAAAUGAGAGCUUAAAGCAAAAAAAUUCUAGUUUAGAACAACAGUUAAAAACUCUACAAAAAGAAAAAGAUAAUAUUCAUACACAUUAUCAACAUUAUGUUAUUGAAUUAAAUGAACAUUUAAAAAAUAUGGUUUCACAAAAUGAAAGUCUUGCUGGAGAGGUUGAGCGUUUAUCUAACAGAGAAACUAGUCUUGUUGAUCAGAUAAGCGAUUUGGAAAUAAGAUUGCAGAAUUAUAGUUCAUACCGCACCCAAGUUACUGAAACAUCAACAUCUCGUAAUAAUAACAGUGAUGACUUUAAAGAAUUACAAAACAAAUAUGAAGAAACUAGUAAAAAACUCUGUGAAUUGAGUAAUAAAUAUGAACAACUAGAAACAUUAAAUAAUGAAAACAUUGCAAAAAUUAAAGAUUUAGAAAAAAACAAAGAUUCUGAAGCGAAGCUUGAGGAAAUAAGUCUAUCCAAAUUGAAUGCGGACAUAGCUAGUGACAAAAUAGCUGCUCAAAAAGCCACCGAGCAAAACAAAAUACUGAAACAGGACAUGCAGAAUUUAGAGGAUGCAUUUGUUAAAAUGAGUAAAGACAAGUUAGAGUUAACAGAAAAAUUGAGCGCUGAAAAAUUUUUGAAUCGCGAACUUACAAUAAAAUUAGCAGAUGCAGAGGAGAAAGCAAAAGAUAUGUUAAUUAAAUUAAAAGCCAAAGAUAGUGAAAUGAUAAGACUACAGUCAAGUUAUAGGGAGAUGGAAAUAAACUUAAGAAACGCCGCAAAAAGUAAUGAGUCUGCUAACGACGAUAUAUCUAACGAAAUUUCGGAAUGCGAAAAACCGUUAGAUAGUAAAAUAGAUUGUCUACGAACUGAUGAUACUGAGAUAUGUUUGAAUCAAAAUGAUGUAUGCAAACACGAAGUAUUGGUUGAUAAUGGCAAAAAACCUGAUAUUUUAAUCGCAAAGGACGAUGCAAUGAAGAAACUACAGGAACGUUUUUUAAAAAUAAUGAAUGAUGUUGCCGAUUUAUCUGAUGAAAAGCAUCGGCUUGAGCAUAUAAUUUUACAAUUGCAAAAUGAAACCGAUACUAUUUGUGAAUACGUAGCUUUAUAUCAGCAACAACGCAGCUUAUUAAAAAGACGAGACGAAGAGCGAAGUAUUCAGUUAAAUAUGUUUGAAACGGAAUGUAGUAAACUUAAAAGACAGCUGGAAGAAUUGACUGCUAUCCUCGUAAAACUGUCUGAAGAUGAAGACAUCUCUUCUUGCUUACAAAAACACUCCAAGAAUAUUGAAAUCGAGCAAAUAAUGAAACUCCUCACAAACUUGAACAAUAAUUCUUUAAUCGAUCCCAUGAAGAAAAGUAUUGAUUUCAAAGAUUUUUAUCCUUGCAGUUGUUGUUCUGGAAAACUUAUGGAAAUAUAAUAUAUUUCUUUAAACUUACGUAAUAAAAGUCAUUGUUAAAAUAAUCUAAAUGUAAUAAUAUGUAAUGGUAUCUUAAUAUAUGUCUUAGCCUUUAGAUGACAAAAAUAAAAUCACUAAAAUCUAAUAAAUAA